CCCCUCACUAUUUCCCUGCUGCUUGGCUUGGAGUUGGAAAUCUCCAAUUCCAUCCCCCCAAAAACCAAUAUCUCAAUCCAAUCCAAUCCAAUCCACACAAAUGGCUCUCAAGAUUCAGGUGAUUCCCCCUUUCUUCUCCAACUCGCCGGUCGCUCUCUUCACCCAUAAAAGCAAGACCCGAAUUUCAUGCAGAGGCGGCGACGGCAUCAGCGACGCAGCACUCGCAUCAGAGUUUGCCGCAAAGGCUGCAAAAAUCAACGCGCAUUUGGGGCAAGCGGAGGAAGCCAUGAAGAAGAGCAGAAAGCUUCUCUUCGGGGAACUGUGCGAGUACAUGGGCCUCAGGGAAGAGGAGGUCCAACAGAAAUGGAGCAAGAUGGGUGAGGACGAGAAAUGGGUUUUGGUUAAAGGCUUUGUUGCAGACUGGGGUGCGCAUUUUCAUCCCUUGUCCGCAAGGUCCACCAAAGAAAUGUUGGAGGAAUAUGUACGACAGGGACAGGGGAACCCACCUCCAAACCCUCCUCCUCCUCCUUUCUUGUUUCCAGGACUCAGCGGAAUAAUUGGUUUUCCUUAGUUGGUUUUUCGUACUUUUGUUUCUCUUUUACAAAAUUAGCAGAAAAAAAAAAUCAAGGUUACUUUAUUUGCUGGGCCGAAAUAAAUAUUUGAGUAGAUACGUUUCCUCGCCUGACUUUAUAAAAUGAAAUUGAUGACAUGUGAACCACAUCUCUCAUGUUUGCAAAUUGGCUUGUCCAAUCGUUAACAAUUGUAAACGAGUUCAACAUCUACUCACACACACCAUUCACGGGGCGUUAAGUCGUUUUCCCAAUCUCCAUACAUUGGUUCCCAGUUUAGUUCUUUUUCGUAUAAUGCAACACCGUCUAUC